GGAUAAUUCAAAAUUGGCACUUACCCACAGCCGUCCCCGAGCCCUUGACCCAAGAAAGAAAAACAGUUAAUCAACCACCCAGUGGUUCAGCACCAUCGGUACGUGGUGUCCUUUCGCCUGCAACAUGACGCUUUGCUGUCCAAAAGUAACUCCAGACAAUCCUGUGCUAGCCUCGAGAGCUCAAAUAGAGAUUGACGAUGAAAUUGUUGCCCUUGAAGAGAGAACGCGAGCUCUUCGGACGUGCCGCAACAGUCUCUCACCCAUAUCCUCUCUCCCUCCAGAGCUCCUUAGCGCAAUUUUCGUUCAUCAUGCUCAGCAGACGCAGUGUCUUCAUGAACCUGACAACCCUGAUGUUCUUUCAUGGCUCAUUGUCGGACACAUUUGUCGCCAUUGGCGCGGGGUUGCUCUCGGGACACCGGAGCUAUGGGCCACCCCGUUUCUCAACUCCUCAACAGCUACUGAUGAAAUGCUCACGAGGUCCAAAAUGGCUCCAUUGAACCUGAAAAUCGGUCGGCGAUAUCGUAUAGACGCCAUUCAAAAGGCGUUGAUGCACAUAGAGCGUUUGCAAGUGGUCUCUCUUCUGUUCUUGCACGGUGAUACUGCGGGACACCGUUGUAUCAUGGAAUUUAUUGACAAGCUAUCAUCAUGCUCCGCUCCCAGACUAAAAUCGCUUGCUUUAGACGUAGGGGAUAAACAAACAUCACGGAUAGUAAUCCCGAAUUCUUUCUCCGCACCCAACCUUUGCAAGCUCCAAAUAAAGCACUGUGAUCUGUCAUGGGCAUCUUCCGUCCUCACAGGACUCACUGUCCUUCACAUCAAAAAAGUAUCAUUAGAACGCCUUCCGACACUAGACGAGUUGGUCUCUGCGCUCCGUCGUAUGCCUGCUCUGCAUACCCUUACAUUAGAAGAUGCUCUCCCGACUCUUUCCCCCCAUACGGUGUCGCUACCCCACACAUCUCAUACCAUGAAUGUUCAACUCCUCCACUUGAAACAAUUGCGUUUGACGGCAAAAAUAUUGGAAGUGGCCAACGUGCUAACUUGCAUUGAAUCGCCAACAUCGGAAGUUCGACUAGUAUGCCGAGCAUCCUCAGGAGAUCCGAACAAAGAAUGGAAUUUGAGCCUCCCCAUCAUCUCUCGUGCCUUGGAAAGUUGUUUCAAAGACACUCCAAAUGACUUUCGACAAGUCCCUCGUUCAAUGCAACUAUCUUCCCCUAAUAGUUGCAUUCGUUUGCAUUAUAGCACUGUCCGAAACCCUCUUUCGUGGGCGAGGGAAAUGCCUUGUCAUGAUGCGGAUUUGUCGGCGGAGUGCCCUGUCAUUCUUGACUUUGACUUUCCCAUUGAGAUGAGGAGAACCAUCCUUAGCGACUUGGGGAGGCUCAUUCCUCUUGGGAGUAUCGAGGCUAUGUACUGCGACUUUUUCUUCGCUUGUUGGGAUGGCUUCUGGGCUGAUAUUCUUACCCGUGGCGGUGCUCGUAAUCUUGCAUACAUGUACUUGCGAGGCCCAAACCAAGCUCUCGAAGAACUUCUCAAAUCCCUGCGUUCACGGAAGCAUAGUGUGUCGCGGUCCGUAGGCGGGCGCUCACAGCAGGGGCCCAUUUUCUCCCCAGCACUCUCCCAUCUUGUCUUUCACGACCUGGAGUUCGACUCCUCCGUCUUCAACUGGAUGCGGCCUUCUGACUUCCUCGACGUGCUCAUGGAUCGCGUCAACGAAGGUCGAGGGUUAGAGCACCUUACGAUCACUUCAACCUCGGGUAUAUUCGCCCGGGACGUGCAGUUGUUGCGAGAGGUGGUGGCCGAUGUGAACUGGGAUGAAUACGAAAGCGAUGAAGAAUACUUCACUGACACAGAGGAGGAUUAUGAUGGUGAUUUCAUUGAUUACGAGGAUUACAGUGACGGAUAUGCCUCCUGA